AUGAUCCUCGAGCACAUAUUAUUUGACCACAAUCAAUUGUCUGGUCCUAUCCCCACUGAGCUUAGUGGCAUCGCAACCCUCAAGAUCCUACGAUUAGACAAGAACAAUUUCACAGGAGAAGUUCCAGCCAACAUUAGCGAGCUACACAACCUAAAUGUCCUCAAUUUAGCAAACAACCAGCUGAAGGGGAAAAUACCAGAUCUCAGUAGCUUGACCAACCUAAACGUGGUGGAUUUAAGCAACAAUCCGUUUGAUCCAUCAGUAGCACCAAACUGGUUCUCAACUUUACAGUCUCUUGUUUCAGUAACAAUAGAUUCUGGAGGACUCUCUGGCCCGGUUCCCGAAAGGCUCUUCACCCUACCCAACCUGCAGCGAGUCAUUGCCAUUUCACCUACUCGCAGACUUGUGGGGAAUCCUGUGUGCUUGGAUUCAGAUUCCUCGAGCCGCUCCUUUUGCAGCCUUCAGCAAGAGGACCUGGAAUCAUACAGAACCAAUGUAACCCAAUGUGGUUCAACCACAUGUUCCGGUGAUCAAGGUCUGGACCCUGCAACUUGCAGUUGUGCCUAUCCUUACACGGGCAAGAUGAUCUUCAGGGCGCCAUUGUUCGCUGACCCGAGUGACAGAACGAUUUUUCAGCAACUGGAAACUAGUCUCUGGAAAGAGUUAGGACUGCGCCCUGGUGCAGUUUUCCUUUCUGAUAUCCAUUUCAGCAGUGAUGACUACCUCCAAGUUCAAGUGAGCCUCUUUCCAUCAACAGGGACAUCUUUUGAUACGUCAGAACUUAUAAACAUUGGCUUUGCUUUUAGCAACCAAACUUAUAAGCCACCAAGUAUUUUUGGACCUUAUUACUUCAUUGCAGAUACAUAUGCCUCAUUUUCAGGUGGUGUUGGCAGUGGAAAAUCUCAGAUGAGCAAACGUGCUAUAGCUGGAACUGCAGUAGGCUGCAGUUUUCUUCUGCUUGCUCUAAUGUCUGGGGCGACAUUUGCUAUACUGAAAAAGAGAAGGCUAGAACAAUCAUCAGGACGAGCAAAUCCAUUCGCUUCAUGGGGAGUUGCUCAAAAAGAUAGUGGGGGUGCUCCACAGCUCAAAGGAGCCAGGUUCUUCUCUUAUGAUGAACUGAAGAACUGCACCAACAAUUUCUCAGAAAAUCAUGAAAUAGGAUCAGGAGGCUACGGAAAGGUUUACAAGGGAACGAUUGAAGAUGGAACAGGUGUUGCAAUAAAAAGAGCAGAGUAUGGAUCAAAGCAAGGUGCGGUGGAGUUCAAGAAUGAGAUUGAACUGCUGUCCAGGGUUCAUCACAGGAAUCUAGUAAGCCUGAUAGGAUUUUGCUAUGAACAAGGGGAACAGAUGCUGGUGUAUGAAUAUGUUUCUAAUGGUACAUUGCGAGAGAACUUGCAAGCAAGGGGAAUUUACCUGGACUGGAAGAAGAGGCUCAGGAUUGCUCUUGGCUCAGCUAGAGGACUAGCGUAUCUUCACGAACUUGCUGAUCCACCUAUUAUCCACAGAGAUAUCAAAUCCACAAAUAUCCUUUUGGAUGACAAUCUCAAGGCAAAGGUUGCUGAUUUUGGUCUAUCGAAGCUAGUCGCGGAUACUGAAAAGGGGCAUGUUUCUACUCAAGUCAAAGGAACACUUGGCUACUUGGACCCCGAGUACUACAUGACGCAACAGCUAUCGGAGAAGAGCGACGUCUACAGCUUCGGCGUCGUCAUGCUUGAGCUACUAAGCGCCAGGCUGCCCAUAACAAAGGGCAGGUACAUCGUCCGGGAGUUCAGGAUUGCCAUAGAUCCCAACGAGCACGACUACUACGGCUUGCAGGGCAUCAUCGACCCGGCCAUCCACGACGCGGCCAAGUCCGCCGGGUUCAGAAGGUUCGUGCAGCUGGCCAUGGAGUGCGUGGAGGAGUCGGCUUCAAAACGGCCCACGAUGAGCUCGGUGGUGAAGGAAAUCGAGACGAUGCUUCACAACGAGGGGCUGAGCUCGUCCGGCUCGUCUGUCACCGAGUUCGAGCAUGCGGGGCAAGCCACCGGAGGCCCAUACAGCGGUGCGGUGGUUGUGACCGGAUCGAGCAGCAGUGGUGGUGGUGCCAUCAGCGACAUAUCGGAGGAGCCCUCCGGGUCCCACCGUGGAACUCGGUACUGAGCUCCCCGCACGCUCUUUUGCCUACUCAGUGGACAUUUUUUUUCCCUAAUCAGUGGUUGCAACUUGCAAUUCGCCCAAAUUUGAAGGCCAUGGCUCGAAUGCUCGAUUAACUUGUGACCAAAUCAACCAACGGUCGGCGGUGAAUUCAUCCGUGUAACGUUAAAUAAAAGAAAUGGCAAUGUGAGCUGCACUGAAGUUGUGAUGCUAGAUCGCAUAAACGCAUAGCUUCGAAUCAAGAGCGCGUUUGGAUUUGCAGCCGUUGGUGUGUUAGGGCAAGGGUUUCGAGGAGCGCGA